GAAGAAGGGGAGGAAAGAGAAAAAGGGAGGGAGGGAAGGCAGGAGGCGCCCCCCCUCUCUCUCGAGGAGCCCUUCCUUCCUUCCUUCUUUCUUCCCUUCCUUCUUCCUUGCGCCUGGGGCCAGAGGCAAGAUGCGUGGCAAGGAGCGCAAGGAGAGCCUCUCCGACUCCCGGGACCUGGACGGCUCCUACGACCAGCUGACCAGCAAUCCAACUGGCCAUGCUAAAAAAGCUCUGAAGCAGCGGUUCCUCAAGCUGCUGCCCUGCUGCCGCCAGCCCAAAUCCAUCCCCUCAGUCAGCGAAAACAGUGUAGAGGAUGAGUUUGAACUCUCCACUGUUUGUCACCGGCCCGAGGGCUUGGACCAGCUACAAGAGCAAACCAAGUUCACCCGCAAGGAGCUGCAGGUCUUGUACCGAGGCUUCAAGAAUGAGUGCCCUAGUGGCAUUGUUACUGAAGACAGCUUCAAGCAGAUCUACUCACAGUUCUUCCCACAGGGAGAUUCGAGUACGUAUGCAACUUUCCUUUUCAAUGCAUUUGACACUGAUCACGAUGGCUCUGUAAGUUUUGAGGACUUUGUGGCGGGCUUGUCCAUUAUUCUACGUGGCACUAUAGAUGACCGGCUCAACUGGGCUUUCAACCUCUAUGACCUGAACAAGGAUGGCUGUAUUACCAAAGAGGAAAUGCUAGACAUAAUGAAAUCCAUUUAUGACAUGAUGGGGAAGUAUACUUACCCAGCCAUGCGAGAAGAGGCACCUCGAGAGCAUGUGGAAAGCUUCUUCCAGAAAAUGGAUCGAAACAAGGAUGGUGUGGUGACUAUUGAGGAAUUCAUUGAGUCCUGCCAAAAGGAUGAAAAUAUCAUGAGUUCCAUGAAGCUCUUUGACAAUGUGAUCUAGCCAGCCACUCCUGGAGCCCAGACCUUCACACACCCCCAGGGCUUCCCUCCUUGGUAUAUCCCUCUGAGGCACUCUUCUCUUGGCUGCAUGGACAAAGCAGCUUCUUGUCCACACUGGACCAGGUGACUUUUGUAGAGGCAAUCCUCAUUUAUUCAGGAUGCACCUGGAGAAUUCCCUGCAAUGGGAAUGAAGUGGGAGGUUUUGGCUGCUUGGGCCAAGGUCCAGCAAGGGGAAUGGCUGGCAUUUGCACAUACUUCCUUUGGGCAUUGAAGAUAAAAUGGACCAAUCUGCUGCCUCCAUCCCCAGGAAAUUGCACUGUCCUGUGUUGUCACCAAAUAGUGUGCCCACCAUUCAGGGCCUUCUAGAUCACAGCACCCCGUUGCCUCUCACUAGGGCUCGAAAUGGGUUCCACACAACCAAAUGGCAAUGCAAACACCGAUUGCCAAGGACUCAUCAAGGAGUUGGUAUAUGUGCAAUCUUCCCUCUCCCCUACAGGAGAAGAUUUCAUCUUAAAUGAACCAAGGUUCUCAUUGCACAUGUGCUAAUACCCUAAUGCUUCCAACAUUUCCUGGCAAAAAGGUAUCUUGCAGUCCUGGCAUUAAAUUCAAGUUAAAUUCUUAGCACUUUUGGAGAAGAACGUCAGGUAGAGAGAAGAGGGGUUGGUGGGAUUUUGCUUUGUGGCUUAUUUCCAUGCACCUGCAACAGAGGGGGAAUGUUGUACCACUCAAGAGAGGUAGGUGCCUUUAUCUUUCAUUCAAAAAUCAGGAAAGACAGAGUGAAUAAUAUUGGGAUUCCUAUGGAGAGGGAAAGCACUUAGCCCAAAAAUUGGGUCCUAGAUUUUCCAUUGUUGCCAAUCCCCAACAAUGGGUAAAACAAGGUAGAAUCAGAGAGGCCAUUAUAUUAAAAAGGUCAGAGUGGAAUCUAAACCUGUUUCUGUAUGAGCUCAUCAGGCAAAGUCUCUAUGUGCUCCCAGAUAAUAUUUAUUAAGCGCCUUUGGCAACAAGGUACUAUACAGGAAACAGGUAGCUCUAAUGUCCUUGAGUGAGAAACUCAGGAAUCAGGUAAGGACUGUGGGUAAUAAUGCACUUGAAGCCAUGAGUAUAUCCAGGCAUGAAGGCUACAAGCGGCCUCAGUCAAGCAUAAGAUUGUGCCAUGUGCCUUGAGAUGAAAAAGUUGUUUGAGAUGAAAACAUGAGUUCCAUUAACACUCACUUAUUGUGAACAGACUGUUGGACAGAGGUAGAAAAAGUUCUGUGUGCAAGGGGUAGAUAAAGCAUGGUGCAAAAGGGUCAUAUGGGAUGAGAUGGGGAGAAUCUAUGCUUCCUCUUGCCAGUUAUUUCCUUUCUCUGCACUGGAGCCUUGUCACUUUCCUUUAGCUGCUGCCCAUUUCAGCCCAAAGGUUAUGCUACCUUUUCUGUUACUAUCCUCAGAGCAAGUAGUUCUUGGACUCAUCAGGAGCGAAAGCAUUAUCAGCAGCCAGCAACUUCAGAGCCUGUUUAUAAAACUCUAAAAAAGAGUAACAGGUUCUGUAAAGGUUCUGGCGCUCUUAUGAAGAGUCCCAUCCACACAAGACAAGACAGGGAUGUGGUGAGAGAACAAGGAGUAGGUAGACAAGAAGAGAGUCACGUGGCAGUAAAGGAGCAAAAGGGAGACAUUUUGAUGUUUUAGUAAAUCUUUUACAGGGUUAAAAUAGAAUCUUACAGAAGGAUACGAAUAAGAGAAGCUAUUUUGAUGUGCAGAGAUAGGAGUGGCACUGCAGAAAAGACAGAAACUGCUGGUAAUGAAGUUGUGCAAACUGGAAAGGCCAACAGGAGAAGUACUCAAAGGCAAAAAAGGAAGCAAAACAGUCUGCUGCAGGGAUAUGAGGAGUUUUAAAGUUGCGGACUAGAACCUAUUGCAGCAUGGCAAUAAUCAGUUUAAGGGGAGGGGUAAUGUGAUAAAAAUGAAAGAGGAAAUUAGUUGAAGCAUUUUGAGUUGACCCAAUAAAAAAGAUGUAGUGAAAAGGGCCAACAAUGAAGAGAUUAGAUUAAGAGAUGGGCAAGGUCUUUUUCAGUAGGAAUUACAGCAAGAAAAGAAGCAGCAGUACAAAGACAAGUCUGAUGCAGGCAAUGCAUGAAGAAACCAUGACAAUGCUAAGGGUGGUACAGUAUGGUUCUUUUGGCCACAAAAAGUUGAAGUUACUGUAUCCCAACCAACCAACCUCUGUUGUGAUGCCCCACAAAUAUGCUGACCUGUGGGGAUGAUGGGAGCUAUAUGCCCACACACUGUAUUGUGGAAGGCUGCUGCAUCCAAACAAAAGAUGUGUGUAUAGGCUAGGGAGGUGGGAGGUGGCCUAUAAGCAAGCUAAAGGUUGAAGGGUCAGACAAUAGUAUCUAGGCAGCAGAGAUAAUGAUCUUUGUUUCUGGCUCAUCUAACUUCCCCUGAAGUACACAAAUUAUUUCUACCACCAUUUCAAUAUCCAUCCACAGUCCUCCUUUUAUCCUAGUCUGGAGUUGUCCUCAUGUAUGUUGUGGCUGAUCCUUCAUUAUAACAUCAGGACAACAUUUGAUCCUGCAAUUUCAACCUGCUUGUAGUUUCAUCUCUGAGUAAGCACUUGCAUCAAGCUUCAAGGCCCUGCUGAAGUGAGGAUUUCUGUGCUGGAGAUUGCACGCAGAAUGUAUUCAUUCAGGAAGAACUCCUCCAUGUGGGUAGAAGGACUGGAUUGAGAUGGGAGUGGAACUGGCUGACUCAGAAUUUAUUAGCUAUGCAAACAGACCUCCUAGGCUCUUUCCCUUCCUGAGAUUGCCAUUUCACCUCCUGCCAAUCCGUUACACAACUUCAUCUUGUAGUUUAAAUAAUAAAGCAUCACAGCAGGAACCAAGUCCUGAGGUCUAGGGCCUGCUCUAUAUCUACUUGAGAGUUUUCUUUAAAGUUUGGAACCACCAAGACAGUUUCAACUUUCUGCACUCCAUUUUAAAUCAUUCAUUUAACUUGGCUUAUAGUUCCACCUGUGCCUCCAGUUGAUUAUAACCCACCACAUAUCCCUCUUAAACCACCCCAAGCCCAUCCUUUCCACACAUAUCCUUUCUUCAGUGAAACCAUUUCUAAUCUGACCUCUUCCUACUCUUCUUGCACUCCUUCCUCUUCCAUCCAAGAAAACCAGUUUCUGUACACAACACAAACUUUUCCCUACCUUCCUUAUUCCUUAAACCUUGCCAAGACUUUUUGUCUAGCUUAUGUCACACUAAAGGUUGUGCACUAAAGUUUUUUUUAAAAUCAAAUACAUUUGAGCCUGCAGAAGGAGAGUAUCAUGAUGGUGAUAAAGUAUCAUAGCAAAUCUCACUCAGACCAGCCAAAAUAUUCUGGUAUUGCCCUAUUAUCCUGCAGUUGUUCCUGGGACAUUUUCCAAUACAAAAGCUUCUUCAAGGAGUUUGUGUGUUUGAUGUCAAAGCAUGCUAACAGUUAGCAUACUAAAGCUAUUUUAUUUAUUUAUCCCCAUCUAGUGGCAGAUCAUACCACAGUAUACAACAGGCUUCCAUGUGGCCAGGGCAAGAAUGCCUGGUGGUUGUGUGGAAACUCACCACACAGUGGAGAAAAACCAUACUUCAUGCCCCACAGUACAGCCAUUAUACAAGGCAUUAUGUCAAGGCUGUAAUAUCUAGGAGAAGGCCUGUCAGCUCCAGGUGAGAUGGACAGGGGCACCACCUUCUAACAGAGCGUUCUGGUGAAAUGGCUGACCACUUGGGAUAGGAGAGGGCAAAUGAAACUGGUCAUCAGCUUGACUGCUUUGAAAGAUGAAUAUUUCCCCUAAGUUAUGUAUUACCAUUUUAGUAUGCGUAUAAAACUGCCCUCAACUUUCUCUGGCGGAUCUUUAGAAUAGUCUGGCAGGAGCUGGUGCCUUCCUACCUCUCCCUUCCUCCUUACUGAAAACCUAAGAUGUUCCUCUGGAUAACUGAUUAUAAGAAACAAAGCAGAACAGAAUUAGUUGAGUGAGAAAAACAAAAAUUAGAGUUAAUUCAAAACCAAGACUGUCUUAACCUCAGAUUUAAACUGGCUAUUUCUGGGAUACUUUUUUAAAAAGAAAGACCAAGGAGUAAUUUCUCAUAGUUUGUAGCCAAGUUGACAGGAAAGUGCAGGCAGGUGCAAACUGUGUAUAUAAAAAGCUACUGUAGUUUCUCUUUUGUGUUAGGCCAAUAGUCCACCCAUCCCAGUACAGUGCACCCUUGGUAUCCACUGUGGCUUAUUUCCAGAACCCCCUGUGGAUACCAAAAUCUGUGGAUGCUCAAGUCCCAUUAAAUACAGUGGCA